AUGCCGCAAAUUGUGUACUACCACCGAGGAGUUGGAACAGCAGAGGAUUUCAAGGUUGUACAGUACCUCGGAGGUGUCUUUGGAAAGGGAAUCGUUGAAGACAUUAAAGAUGUUUACCGCUUUGUCUGCGACAACUACAACCCCGGGGAUGAAAUUGUCAUCCUUGGCUUCUCUCGAGGUGCUUUCACUGCUCGAUCGGUCUCGGGACUGAUCUGCAAUAUCGGUCUCCUGAACCGUGUGGGACUGUCACAGUUCGGAGCAAUCUUUCAUGACUACCAGAACUUUACUAGCUGGAAUAGUAACACAAAGUUUAACAAGGAAGAGCACCUUGUGGGCUUCACAUUAUCCAACUUUGCGCGACUUGAAAAAUUCAAGAAAAGAGAAGGACGAAGCGAUGCUGAAAUGGAAGCAGAGCUUGACCAUGAGAAGAACACUUUCUUCCAUUCAAUGGCGACUUGUAACGACAAAGGUCAAGGAAAGCUUCGCAAAAUGGCAAAGACUUAUGUAGACAUACUUGAAAAGCAUGAAAUGGUUCUGUUCGAGAAGAACCCGAAUUUUCAAUAUGGCCUGGAUAUGAAGCGCUAUAUUCCCGCGGUGAUCGAGGUUAAUGCAGUUGGUGUAUGGGAUACUGUCGGAAGUCUCGGCUGGCCUAAGAUGCCCUGGGAGAAAAUUCGCAGGGACCGCAGCGCUGAUGAGGUAUGA